CUAGUAAACAAAAAACAGAUACAUCAACCCCACAACGUACCAGAUUAACUAUCAAUAAACGUCCAGAUGAAAGUGAAAAAGAAUGGGCAAUUCGUCUUGCAGAUAGAUCUGAUAAGGUUACUCAUAUAAAGCAAAAUCGAAGCUGGUUACGUAGGAGAGGUGAAAAUUUUAAAAGCUGUAUAGAAAAUAAAUUCUUAUCUCUUUUACAAACAGACCCAGAAGUGUGGCAGGAAAGAGAACGAAUUGGGGGGUAUACUAUAGAAAGAAGGUAUGAAAAUGGAGGUAUAGUAACAUAUAUUUGUCCAGAUUUGGAUGAGCUAAAUGAGGUUAAAGAUAAUAUCAAAAAAUUAUCACCUCAUUUAUUAUUGCGAAUAUUAGAAAUAAAUAAUGAUAUAAGAGAUGAUAUAAUCUUUGAAGUUGAUAAUAAAACUAAGACAGAAUACUUAAUAGCAAAACAAAAAUUUGACGAAUCUACUGAAUGCUGGAUUUGUAAAAAGCCAUUAGAUGGUGAUAAGAUAACAGUUAUUGCAGAAACAUUUGAGCGAUAUAAAAUGAUGAAGGUGGGUCAAAUGAAAUACAUUGAUAGUAUGCAGUUUAUGAAUUCAAGCUUGGCCAAACUUGCAGAUAAUUUAGGUGCUGUCAAAUGCAAGGAUACAGACUGCAAUCAUUACCAUAGAAUAGAUAAAGACCGAUGCAUUGGAACUUUGGCGAAUCAUAAAAUUACUAAACAAUAUUAUGAAAAAAUAGGAUAUUCACCAGAGCAAAUAGCAUUGGUAUGUAGUAAAGGAGAACUUCCAUAUGAUUAUAUCGAUUCUGAUGAUAGAUUCAAUGAAACUGAGCUUCCUCCAAUUGAGGCAUUUGCAGUUUUAAAUAAUAGAAAAGACUUGCAAAAGAGAUAUCUUAAAAUGAUUUUAAAUACUAAAGCUGAUUCCCCACGAGGGUAUUUCCUAAAUAUUAAGGCACAUUUUCCUAGCAAGUUACAUGAUUAUCUCAAUGACUUACCGCCUGCAGUUGAGAAUGUUGCAAUAAAAAAGAACCAGCUUAGUCCUUAUAAUAAUAAGAUAGUAGAAGAUUUGGAUGGAGGGCGAUUCUCUGAGAUAAAGAAACUAGUCACACAUCUUGUAUCCAAACCGUCUUUCAAGUAUGGUAGACAAUUAUCCAAUACACUUAUUGGUGCUCAUAUGGGGCAAGCAUCUGUAGUUCUCAAUAAACCAAUUAUUGUUGGUGCAUCAGUCUUAGGACUUAGUAAAUUAUUAAUGUAUCGAUUCUGGUAUGGAUAUGUGAAAGAAAAAUAUGGUGAUAAAGCAAAGCUUGGAUAUAUGGAUACGGAUUCAUUUAUAUUUAUAACCGAGACUGAAGAUAUCUAUAAAGAUAUGGCUGAAAGACCUGAUAUUUUCGAUCUUACUGAUUCCAAAACUAUUGGCUUAUUCAAAGAUGAGUGUCCAGGUAAAGUAAUAACAGAAUCUAUCCAUAUUCGAGCCAAAACAUAUCACUAUGUUAUAUCAGACAAAUCUACCAAAUCAAAACAUAAAGGAGUUAGUAAAGGAGGUAUGAAUGAUUUAGCAAUCAAUGUUAAUACUAAUACAUAUGAUCAAAAAUUAGGUGGGACUUUGUUAGAUGAUCCAGUUCCUGAAAGUAGAAUAGUAGAUCCUAUUACUUUGAUAUAUCGAGAUUGUCUCUUUGAAAAUGAAGUAUUCCAUGCAAAGAAUAUCGGAUUUCGAUCUAAGAAUCAUGUAUUAUCAUUGGUUGAAUCUGAGAAAAAGGCUCUAUGUCCUCUUAAUUCAAAGAACUGGGUAUUAUCGGAUGGAAUCACACCUUGGGCAUAUGAUCAUUGGAGAAUUGAUGCUUAUAAAAGUAUGGUUAAAGCUGGUAUGUCUCCCAAGUUGGCCGAAAAAAGAGCAAUAGUAGCUCAGCAUCAUCCAACAUUAGAAAACAAGUAUAUGAAUAUAUGGAAUCGACUUACUUCUAGAGUACAUAAUCCAUUGACAGAAGAACAAGCAAGUAGUAUUAAUCCUGAUAUUGAGACAUUAUUGAUUAGUGAGAUUGAUAAAUAUGAAAAGAAAAAAAAUCGAUAUCGAAUCAGUCACAAAGUAUCCUGCUCUGCUAAUACACAAGUAACUGAUAUGUGCCCUGGCACCAGCUCUGAUGUUGAGGAGGAGAUUAAUGCUCGAGUCAAAGAAGCUACAGAUAAAAUGCAUCAAAGGUUUAUUGAAACUACACAGGAAACAUUAAAUUCUAUUAAGCAACGGAAAGAUGCAGAGUGUAAGCAAAUUAAGCUGGAUAUGGCUAAUAGAGAAUGA